AUAAAUGCGCACAAUCGCCCAACCACACUUGAAUAGACUAAACAAAAACACUCUCUUACACUCUGGCAAACAUACACAGGAAGUAAAAGCACACAACGGCCUUUUAUUCUGAAAUGUUCUUCAUUUCUCUCAGGCAUUGAUGAAGAGUGUAUUUUGCUGUUUUUACCCUUUUAGCACGUAGACGAAUCACUCCAAUCGUUGAUUUAAGCUCUCAGGAAUUUGCAGGGAUAUGCAGUUUUGGUGAUUUUGUUUUGUUGUAAUUCUCAGCUGUUGCACGCAAACCACCACUGCCUGUGCUCGCCUCGCUCACAGUUUUAAAUCCACAGCAUGUCUCUGCAUGUCGGCACCGCUUUCACGGAGCACUUCUUACGAUGUGUAGAUUUGUACUGAAUACAGUUUUCUAUGUACAGUACAUCAGUGGCUUCACCUAUACAUUUAAUUAUGUCGCGUUUCCUCUGGAGGAACAUUUUACUUCUUAAAUGAUGUCCUCCAACAGACACACAGUGUUAACAAUGGCGAAAUACUGUUUGUCUCGGUGCCUGUUCGAAAUGUAUAGAAUCUAUUUUUCUCUGCCGACAUAAACAUAUAUAUAUACAGUAUUCAUGUGUGUAUGUGUGUAAAAUGGGUGCGUACAGUAUCGUUAACUGUAACUCAGUCCGAGGGUUUCUGACUUGCUGGUGUUCUUUCUGUCGCCCUGCAUUACCCUGUACCAGGUAUGGGCUUUUUCUACUCCUUUUGUAAAAGAAAUCUAAAGAAAAGAAAUCACACAGCAAUAAUAACAAGCAGGAAUUAAGUACUUUUACAGCCAUAUUUGUUGUCAAAUGGUCCCCUUGAUUAUUGUUAUUUUAGAAUGGAGACAUAUGGUAGUAAUGUUUGAUUUAUUGUUAUUUUGAAACUCUUGAUGAUCCGUCUUUCUCCCUAUUCUGAUUGGUAUUUAAUUAAUGGUUUGAUCAGGGUAUUCAGGAUUAAAAUGGAAUAAACUGAGCGGAAGACGAUAUGCUCUAUUGGUGAGAAUGCCCUAAAAGUGUUUCCGUGACAAACAUGUGGAUCUUCCGACAACAAGGUCCCGUUACCUGUGUAUUACGAUCAUUUUUCUGGUGAGUUUGUAUUGUAGAAGAAUGUUGUGGGAUGAAAUAUUAAGAUUUGUAAUAUGUGGAAUUAGUUUGAAUUUGACCCCUUUUGUUACAGGUGUCCAUUGUCUGUGUGAAACACUCAUACACUUAUGAUUACAAAUGUAAUUGUAUGUAAACCAAUGUUGAUAAUUGUCCAGUUUUCAUCUUCCAGAGGAUGUUCUGUUGGUGACUGUGUUGUCUUUAUCGGUUGCUCUAUCCAGGUUUUCUUUUUCAAUGACGUGAACUUUUAUCACUCAUAGAAACACAAAUGUACAAAUAUUCUGUAUAUGAAAAGUUGAACGAGAGAAAUAAAUGUUUAGUUUUUGUGUUAAAUUGUUGAAAGUGAAGAAGCUGGACUGUGUUUUUGAACUGCACAUGCUUCUUAUCAGCAGCGGUGGGUCGUAGCCGGGUUAGGCCACACACAGCAUCAUUUAAUCCUUAAUUACAAAGUCAGAUAUAUUUCCUGUGUUGCUCAUGCAAGAGUCAAGGCUGUUUUUAGUUGCAUACGUGCAUUUAUUCACUUUCUUUAAACAGUUUUAAGAUCUUAAUUAGUGAAGAAACAAAAGCCAACUUUGAUUGGACUGUAUCCGUUUUCUUUCUCCAUUGUUUAUCAGUGAAGACUCGAAGAGAUCUGUGGGUAUCUCCUGGGAUCAGUUUCCGCCUUCGUCCUGUCCUCUUUCACAGCCUGGGGGGGGGAAACAGACGGCAUUAAUUUCUAGUACAGGUCUAAGAUAGGUUUACUGUGACCCGUUUCGGUUGCACUUGAGUGAUUCCUUGUGCUGUAAAUCUUGUUUUGGGAGAAUCGUCUCAACAAAGACGAGACUCUUGUCACAGGUGUUUUUGCAUCAAGUCACUUUACUCUUUUUGUGUGUGUGUGUGUGUGUGUGUGUGUGUGUGGGGCAUCAGAAUACAAGCAAUCUGCAUUUUUUUUUUUUUUUUUUUUUUUGGUCAGGAUCAGAUUCCAAUCCCUCUCAAGUGGAUUGCUACUGAGGCGUCAUAUCCUCUUUCUGUUCCGCCACCUUUUUGUUUUCCUUUCUGCAUCUUGCACUCUGUACUCUUCAUUUUUCCACAACUUAUAGGCCAUACAUAUUUAAUGAUUGUGCAGGGGUGAACUGAUUGACUCAGUAUAGUCGGAGCAUCUUAAUCUACUCGACACAUUUGCUUUUUAAAGCCUGAAAAGGUUGUGUACAGACAGAUGUAUCCGUCGUGUGUCCAUUCCUUUUACUGACAAGGGAUCCUGUGACUCCUGUUAAGGUGUCAUCUCUUGUUAAGGUCUCGUCUCCUGAAGAGACCAGAGAGAUGCACGGGUGUUCUAAUCUCAGAAACGGCCUGGUCGUUACCAAACUCCUUAUUAACUAUUCAUGGAGGACACGGGUGCCAAACGGGGCUCCGUGUGUCUCGUCUUUGGGAGGACAGUAGGUGUCAAUGUGGGGAGAAACAAAAACAGAACAAGACGUAGAGGAAUGACGAGUUCAGGCAACACCGAAUACAAGUUGGUUACUCAGUUUGAAACUGCAGCAGCUCGAUGGAUUGUAUUUUAGCAUCAAAAAAGGAGCUGCUAAUCCAUUUAAAUGAAGAUAUACUAGAUUUUUUUUUUAAUAAUUCAAGCCUUAGUGGAACAACUUUGAAGAUGAAGUAGUUCCAGCAAGAGGGAAGUAACCAGAUGAGGUAACGCUUGAGGAAUCGAUACUUUAUUUUUUUGUGGAUUUGUCAACAUGGACCCUCCAGCCGUCUCCGUGUCCAGGCUGGAUGUGGAUGUGGAUCUUGGUUUUGCCCUCUUCUUCUUCUUCCUGCUCUGCUUCUUCUUGUUGGUGACCAUAGUUCGCUGCGGUCAGAUGGUGCUCGACCCUUACAGUAACAUCUCUGUCGCGACAUACCAGGAGGCACAAACAGAGGAGUGAUGGACCGAUGAAUUACAGCCUACAGUAAAGCCAGCUGUUCAAACUCCUCGAAUGGGAUAACAAAAAUGAGUUGCCUCAAGCCAAAGGAUAUUUUGAGGCUUCUUUUAUGACAGAAUCAGUCUGGUGGAGUUUUGUCAACUUUUCUAUAGUUUCUACUUAAUUAAAUCAAAAUUGUGUACAAGAAAAGAAGUCUACCAGCAGCAUCUGCAAAUGAUAAUGGAAGUGGAGGGUUGGGAUGCCAGCAUGGAGGAAGAGCUGGGCAUUUCUCUGGAUGAGCUGAAGAAGUGGAUUGACGAAGCCGUGGAGAAGAGCGAGAUCGUGCAGAAGAAGAAGGCUCAUCUGACGGAGCUCAAGGAAUGGGUGGAGCACAAAGAAGAAGAGGAGGCGAGAACAGACAUGCUUCUCAACGAUGCCAACAAGUCCCUAUUGGAGUGUGAGAAGCUCGUGAAGGAAACUUACCAGAGCAACGGUCUCGUUUACGAGACCAGCUCAGAGGACGAGGGGGGCGGAGGAGGCGCGCUGUCCUCUGAGGUCAUCGAGAUAGACGACGACGACGACGAUGACGUCAUUGCUGUUGGCUGUCUGGUUCCUCCGAAGACGGCCGUCACUCCUGUCAAAGAUGCAGCGUUAAAUGAGGCCUCCACAGCGCUACAGAAAACAUCCCAGCAGGUGCAGAAGUUGGUCCAAAUGGUCAACAGGCCCUCACUAGGUGCUCCAUUGCUUCGCUCUCCAUCACAGCCAGGUUUUCAUUCUUCAGUGCCAGCAGUGUUUGUAUCCCAGCUUCAGUCUCAGUCCAUGACCCAGCCCAACCCAAACGUGACAGAAGAUGAGCUGAGAGUCGGCAUGGUGAUUUUGGGAAAGAAACGCACCAAGACCUGGCACAGAGGCGACCUGGUUGCUGUCAGCCCAGUCGGGAACGGUAUAUCCAAGUACAAAGUGAAGUUUGACAAAGGAAAGAGUCUGCUGUCUGGCAAUCAUGUGGCCUUCGAGUAUAACCCCACCCUGGAGAUCCUGUAUGUCGGUGCUCGGGUAGUCGCCAAGUACAAGGACGGCAACCUGGUGUGGCUCUACGCUGGAAUAGUAGCAGAGAUGCCCAACAACAAGAACCGCAUGAGGUUUUUGAUCUUCUUUGAUGAUGGCUAUGCUUCAUAUGUGACACUACCUGACCUCCACCCAGUUUGCAGACCAUUAAAGCGUACCUGGGAGGACAUAGAGGACGCGUCGUGUCGAGACUUCAUCGAGGAGUACAUCACUGCGUAUCCCAGCAGGCCGAUGGUGCUCCUAAAGGUUGGGCAGAUCAUCAAGACGGAGUGGGAGGGAACCUGGUGGAAGAGCAAAGUGGAAGAGGUGGAUGGAAGCUUGGUCAAGAUCCUCUUUUUGGAUGACAAGAGGAGUGAGUGGAUUUAUAGAGGCUCCACCAGGUUGGAGCCAAUGUUCAACCUGAAGAUGACCUCCGCUAACACCCAGGAGAAGAAGCUGGCCGGCCAGCAGAGGACACGGCCUAAUAUGGGGGCGUUGAGGAGUAGAGGUCCAGUAGUUCAAUACACAAGUGACGGACAUAUUGGAGCCUCUCCCGUCAAAACGCAGCCAGGCUCACCCAGCCAGCCUUCACAGACACCACCACCACCACAACUACAACAACAACAACAACAACUACGUCCUCAGCCCCCACAGCCACAACAAAUCCAACAAAUCCAACAAAUGCAACAGAUCCAACAGACGAUUCAGCCUCCUCGUGUUGACAACAAACAUCAGAUGGCAAAGAAGAGUACUUCUCCAUUUGUCCCCGGGGUGGGAGGCACUCACGCCUCCAAAAUCAUGAUGCAGUCUCUUCCUUCCACUCCCGGCGACCUCACUAGUGCAAGGAUUCUGAGUGUCCAAACUAUUGCUCCACCUGCUUUCACACAGUCGUAUCAGAGACUGCCCACUCUGGCUGCCGCACCCCCUUCUAUGACCCACGCGAUGGCCACCAUCCCACACCAGCCCUCAUACCGAGCCCCGACGGACCGCAUCUUCUACCUCGCGCACACUUGUCAGCCCGCGUGUCUGAAUCGUGUCCGACCUGUAAACUCCGACUUGCACCGAGGAAAGAACCCCCUCCUCACACCGUUACUGUACGAUUUCAGACGCAUGACAGGACGACGAAAAGUCAACCGCAAGAUGUCCUUCCACGUGAUCUACAAGGCUCCGUGUGGGCUUUGCCUGCGCAACAUGGGAGAGAUCCAGCACUACCUCUUCCAGACACGCUGUGACUUUAUAUUCUUAGAGAUGUUCUGUCUAGACGCCUAUGUGCUCGUGGACCGGCCAUUCCAGCCGCAGAGGCCGAUCUAUUAUUAUGACGACAUCACUGGUGGAAGAGAGGACAUCCCACUCUCCUGCGUCAACGAGAUUGAUACCACCCCGCCUCCUAAAGUAGCUUACAGUAAAGAGCGUAUUCCUGAAGACGGAGUAUACAUCAACACCAGCCCAGACUUCCUGGUUGGAUGCGACUGCACCGACGGCUGUCGCGACAAGUCCAAAUGCUCUUGCCACCAGCUGACCCUUCAGGCUACAGGUUGUACACCCGGGGCACAGAUCAACCCAAAUGCUGGAUUCUUGCACAAACGAUUAGAGGAGUGCCUCCCAACAGGGAUCUACGAGUGUAACAAGCGGUGCAAAUGCUGUGCUGAGAUGUGCACCAACCGGUUGGUGCAACACGGCCUGCAGGUGCGUCUCCAGCUCUUCAAGACCCAGAACAAAGGCUGGGGCAUCCGCUGUCUGGAUGACGUGGCCAAGGGCUCUUUUGUCUGCAUCUAUGCUGGUAAAAUCUUGACGGACGACUUUGCCGACAGGGAAGGUCUAGAGAUGGGCGACGAGUAUUUCGCCAAUCUGGACCACAUAGAGAGUGUGGAGAACUUCAAAGAGGGCUACGAGAGCGAGGCUCACUGUUCGGACAGCGAGGGGAGCGGUGUGGACGUGGCGAGGAUAAAAAUCCAACCAUCUGCUUUAGCAUCAGCUAACCCCGUUGGGAGACCGUCCAAAAAGGACCAAAGCUCAUCAGGGGACAGCAUUGACGACGACAAGGAUUCAAAGAGCGAAGAGGAAAGCGACAGUUCAGACGACACGUUUGUGAAGGAGAACUAUUUCAGCUCCAGCUCUGUGUGGAGGAGUUACACCACACGUGGUCAGGUCAAGGGCAACAAGGAAGGGAGUCAAGACAGUAAAGAUGGAUUGAGCGCAUCAGCCAGAGGAACUGAUGACGAUAAGCCACCGUCCAUGCCAGAAGAGACGGGGAAAAGCAAAGUGGCUUCCUGGCUCACCAGCCAGGGGAUGAAGAAGGAUUCCGGAGACGGCAAGAGUCAAGUGAAGUCGGAAACGGUGAAGAAGCCGGAUGUGAUGACUCUCUCUGACAGUGAUGAGGUUCAGACCAUCAGCUCUGGAUCGGACGACAACAAGGAGAGAGAAAAAGUCAACCUGGGUGUGACUAAGAAGCAGGUAGCGGUGAAAUCAACGCGUGGCAUCGCCCUAAAGAGCGGCCACGGGAUGAUGGUGAAAACGGGAAUGAUGGCGAAAACAGGAACCCCUGGAGGCGGGGGAGGGCCGGGAGGUCAGGGAGGAAAAACAGGACAGCAGGGCCAGACUGGAGGAGGUGGGGAGAACGCUUCCAAAAACACCCGCCUGUUCUUUGACGGAGAAGAGUCCUGCUACAUCAUUGAUGCCAAGUUGGAAGGCAACCUUGGGCGUUACCUCAAUCACAGCUGUAGUCCCAACCUUUUCGUGCAGAAUGUGUUUGUGGACACACAUGACUUGAGGUUUCCCUGGGUGGCGUUCUUUGCCAGCAAGCGGAUCCGGGCCGGCACAGAGCUGACCUGGGACUACAACUACGAGGUGGGCAGUGUGGAGGGGAAGGUGCUGCUGUGCUGCUGCGGAUCCACUGAGUGCAGAGGAAGACUGCUGUGAUCUGCAGCCAUCAUUGACUUCACUGCCGUUACUGCAUCUGUAGGAACCUUAGAGGAUCUCUUUUAGCACCCUGACGUUGCUUCUUUUUAAGUUGAACUUUGUGUUUUAUUACAGCUGUUUUUGUUGUCUUUAUUUUAUAUGAACGUGAUGUUUUUUUCUUCAUCUAAAUAAAAUGCAGUUUUCGUCAAGGAGUCAAAGCUCUCACAGCUGUUCUUUUGUCAAAUAGCAAAUGUAGAUGAAGAGGUAUGUUCACAAAUAUAUAAUAUAAUGUAUAAAUAUAUAUGUAAUUCUCACCACAUCAUUUAUAAAAAAUAUUUAAUCCCGCUAAUGCUACACAAGCAUUUUGUUUUCUGUAACUAAAGCAUCUGGUAACAAAUAUCAAAUCAUGAUGUUAUAAUUUAGUUAUCAAAUGUAAUGCGUCUUUUUUUUCUAUUCUCGUAGCUUUAUAUUCAUGAGCUCUGGUGAGACUGACCAAUCGGCUCUCCUAAAACAACAAUAAAUAAACCGACAGACGGACUUCUGCCACCACGCGCAGAUAACCCGCUCUGGAGUAGAUCCAUUACAUUUAUCAGCUAUUUUCAUCGAUUUAUUGAAAGAUUUUCUGAAAUGUUUUACUACCCCACAGUUUUGAAGCGACAUUCAGGAUGUUUCUCUACAAUCUGGUGAGUAAAAAUAAUAUGGACUAUUUUAAAUCGAUGUGAAGUUAUGAUGACUCGUGGUUUGAUUUCGUCUCCGGGUGUUAAAUGUAUUAUUAAUGGGAAAUCUCUUUAACUGGGUUUAUGAUUUAUUAUUGGGUUUUAGAGACUUUACUUCAACGCUGCUGUUGACUGGAAGUUGGGCUAUCGUGUGUGUGUGUGUGUGUGUGUGUGUGUGUGUAUAUGUAUGUAUAUGUAUGUAUGUAUAUGUAUAUAUAUAUAUAUAAUUUUGAAUAUUACAUUAAAACCUUUGUAAAUGC